CCAGUAGAAACCAGUUUCCCCCUUACCUCCGCUUUAGUCUUUCACGGGGGAAGUGAGGCUGCAAUAGGAAGGCCGCAGUCACAAGUCCCAGGCCCAAAAGUCGCCGGCGUUGGUGGGACGCGGGGCUCCGGUGGCUGCGGACUGUCCGAGUCCGCGGGCGGCGGCAGAGGGCGCUCGCAUCCCGAAGCCGCGCGCCGCCUCGGGCUCCGCAGGUCCCACGGAGUCGAGGCUGGGUCAGUACAGCAGGGGCCAAGGGAUCGGGAGCCCCACCCACCUGAUGUGUGUGUUCACUGCUGGGGUGCUGCCCGGGUGUGUGGCUUAUUAUGCUUCAGCGCCCUAAUCCUCCGGUCCCCUCUCCUUGGGGCUUCUGAGCAGCAGGAGGGGAGAGCAGCUCUUCCCACCGCCCUGCACCCGGUAUUACAGCCCGCUGGAGAGUGGCCCCUUCUCGGUGGACGCGUCGGCUCCGCGACUCUGCCCUCGGCGCGCACCGACCCUUCCUAUUCUGUCUGUGUCCUUCCCAGAGCGGCCCCACCCAGGACCCCAGACGCUGGGCUCCUCCGGCCUCGCGGGGUUUGGGGUGGAAGGGAAGGGGUGGGGGCGCAGGGCGCAGGCUGGGGCGCGCAGAGGCUGCACACUGCAUCGCCCGCCCGUGCCGCUCCCGGCUCCGCCUCCUCGCGCGCUCCCCGCCCCACUCCCCUGCAGCGCGGGCUGCCUGCAGGCGCGGCUACGGGUGAACGCCGGCGAGGGAGCCGGCGGCUCAGCUCGCGCCUCCUCGGGACCUGCGGCGCCGCACCUUCGAGGGCCCGCCGGCCGGCACCCAGCCGUGCGCGCUGCCGCCGUGUAGUGCGACGCCGCCGGCCGCCGCUUUCCUCGGGUCCCGGGCCGGAUCCGGACGGUAGAGGACAACUUGAAAAACUUAUCUCGGGCGGACGCCAAGAACGUUGGGUGCCAGUGGAAGAGGAUGUAAGAGGGCGGUGGCCGGCCCCAGGUGUCCCCGGACCUCGUAGGCCCCGUUGGGCCAGGCCAUGGGGCUCCAGCGCCUGCAGCGCCGCCCCGGGGCGGCACCCUAGAGUAGCCGAGCCGGGUGGUGCGCCGUCCCGCGGUGCGCGCUUGGCGAGCUGUGCGCUCUCUCUGGCCCCCGUCAUGGACCACCAGGAGCCCUACUCCGUGCAGGCCACCGCUGCCAUCGCGGCGGUCAUCACCUUCCUCAUCCUCUUCACCAUCUUCGGCAACGCGCUGGUCAUCCUGGCUGUGCUAACCAGCCGCUCCCUGCGCGCACCGCAGAACCUGUUCCUGGUGUCGCUGGCCGCCGCUGACAUCUUGGUGGCCACGCUCAUUAUCCCCUUCUCGCUAGCCAACGAGCUGCUGGGUUACUGGUACUUCUGGCGCACGUGGUGUGAGGUGUACCUCGCACUCGACGUGCUCUUCUGUACCUCGUCAAUCGUGCACCUGUGCGCCAUCAGCCUGGAUCGCUACUGGGCCGUGAGCCGCGCGCUGGAGUACAACUCCAAGCGCACCCCGCGCCGCAUCAAAUGCAUCAUCCUCACCGUGUGGCUCAUAGCAGCCGUCAUCUCGCUGCCGCCUCUCAUCUACAAGGGCGACCAGGGCCCCCAGCCCCGCGGGCUCCCCCAGUGCAAGAUCAACCAAGAGGCGUGGUACAUCUUGGCCUCCAGCAUCGGAAGUUUCUUUGCCCCCUGCCUCAUCAUGAUCCUGGUGUACCUGCGCAUUUACCUGAUUGCCAAGCGCAGCCACCGCAGGGGUCCCAGGGCCAAAGGCGGCCCAGGGGAGGGGCAGUCAAAGGAGUCUCGUCCUAGCCCCGGAGGGGCUCCAGCCUCUGCCAAGGUGCCACCCCUGGCCUCACCUCUGUCUUCUACUGGAGAGGCCAAUGGACACCCCAAGCCUACUGGGGAGAAGGAGGAGGGGGAGACCUCUGAAGACCCUGGGGCCAGGACUCUGCCACCCAGCUGGGCUGCACUGCCCACCUCAGGCCAGGGCCAGAAGAAGGCUGUGGUCCUGGCACCUGCAGAGGAGGAAGCUGAGGAAGAGGAGGAGGAGGAAGGGGAUGAGUGUGAGCCUCAGGCAGCGCCAGGCUUGCCUGCCUCUAUGUGCAGCCCAUCCCUGCAGCAGCCACAGGGGUCCCGGGUGCUCGCCACCCUGCGUGGUCAGGUGCUGCUGGGCAGGGGCGUGGGUGCUGUGGAUGGGCAGUGGUGGCGUCGGCGGACCCAGAUGACCCGGGAGAAGCGGUUCACCUUCGUGCUGGCUGUGGUCAUUGGUGUCUUUGUGCUGUGCUGGUUCCCCUUCUUCUUCACCUACAGCCUGGGUGCCAUCUGUCCCCAGCACUGCAAGGUGCCCCAUGGCCUCUUCCAGUUCUUCUUCUGGAUUGGCUACUGCAACAGCUCCUUGAACCCUGUCAUCUAUACCAUCUUCAACCAGGACUUUCGCCGUGCCUUCCGAAGGAUCUUGUGCCGCCAGUGGACCCAGACAGCCUGUUUCCCGGGGAAAUUCUGCUGGGAGAGUCUGUUCUGCUUUUGGCUGAGCUAGAAGUAGGGGGACUGUUCCCACAGAGGUAGGUGAAGCCACCAGGGCACCGCAGGGGUGGUGGCAGGGACUGUUCCCGGAGUGUGGAGAUGUAAAUGGGGCUGGAAGGAAGGAUGAGGGAUGGAGAGGGCAGAACCCUGGCUCUGGAGUCAGACCUGGCUCUGUUGCUUACUCGCUGUGUGGCCUGAGGCAAACUGCUGAACCUCUCUGAGCCUCAAUUUCCUUGCCUUUACAAAGGGAUAACGUUGGUUGCUUUAAACUUGGAGAGGUGUGGAGAGGUAAGAUUCCUUACAGUGUCAGGAUAUAGAUUACGAUGUAGCCACCGUGGUACUCUGCCAUUCAGGUCCUCUCCAAGAUGAGCUGGUAGAACCUCAUGCCCUGGGUUCCUUGACCCAUGGCUCGGGGACACCUGGGAAGGAGGGUGGACUCUGUACCCUGAAGUUAGCUGUGUCCUGCACCCAUGCUGCUAUACCUUCCCUCCCUCUCCCUCACCUCAUGCUUCUGUGGGCUCCCAAGUCUCUGCCACAGAGAGCUCCAGCAGUUUCUCUCAGUGUCCAGCUGGGAUGAGGAAGUUCUCAGGCGACUAUGUCAAAUACACCACAUCUGUGCCUAUACUCUUAAUGCUGUGCCCAUGACAGACAUCAGCAAGAGAUCCCAGAAGUCCAGGAACACAGACAGGGACUCAGGGAGCCCCAGGCAGGCUUUGGUAAAUGAUUACCGAUGUGAAAAGUCUGGAGAAUCCCAGCCCUGUCCUCGGCAGGUGUAGGGGAAACAGCUGCUCAUCCUGUGUGAGCAAAGCCACCGGGGUAGGGAGUCCCUAAGGAGUGCCUGGGAACCUUGAGAACACAGUGUCUGGAAGGAGCUGCUCAGAGAUUGGAGUGGUCAGCCCAUUGGCGCAGGACUGGGGGCUUCUGGGGCUGGCACCCUGGACUUGGCCAGAGUGGGCAGGAAGGAGGGACAACUCGGGAGCCCACUAUCUCAGGAGUGUGGAAGGCGAGGAUGCUUCCAGAGUGUCCUGUACCGUGUUGAAAGGUCCCUGAUUGCUCUUGGGCUGUUCCCAGACAGAUGCCACCACUCCCUGGGUUCCCAGAGUGGUAUGUGAGUCCCAGAGGUGCCAAAAUAUCCCUGGAAGUGUGACAAGGUGGAGAAAACCAUAUUUAUGAGCGUUUCUCCUAGGAGGGAAGAGUUGGGGCCUCCAGGACAGACUCAAGCAGGGACAGAUGGCGCACGUGUGCUGAGCCAUUCUGCAAGGAGGGUGAGCAGCUGAGUGAGGCUGGGGGAGCAGGGCCUCCUGGGACCCUGGAAUAGGUGCCCUGCUGGCUGCAGCCACAGCUAGGGGGCUGGUCCACAAGAAGCCAUGCGAAAGGCCUUGUGUGGACCCUCCCAGGACCCCUGGGUCCUUCCUGCCCCAUCUUCAGUGCACAGAAGAGAAGCCACAGCACCUGCCGCCCUGGCGAUGAGGGGAGCGGCAGGUAGGGGAGAGGCCACCGCUCCUCGGUUACAGAGAGGCCCUAGUGGAUGCACCUGGGGGAAGAAAGAAGGCCUGGGGAUGGGGGACUUGCCGUCUGGGGCUUGCUGAGUUCCAAGUGGACUCCAGGCCCCAGGUUGUCCCUUGGGGAAGGGGACAGUGUGGAAUGAGGCCCAGCACCCACAGCCCAGCUACCAGAGGCGGCUGACUAAAAAUAAGCUGGGAUGUCAGGAUCUCUCCUCUCCAGGAAGCAAGGAAGAAGCUGUGUGCUGGGAGCGCCUGCCUGCCGCAGAUGCAGGGGGAGGGGAGGGGACAGAGCCACUGCUCCAGGCUGAAGGCGGCCAGCAGGCUUGUUUGUGUACUUCUGCUCUCUGGCUGCUGCUCCCUGGGUCUGGCGGAAGCACUUGGCCUCCUGGGUGGGCAGCAUCCUCAGGGCCUCCCUCCAGGCCCAGUUCAGGGGUCUCCUUAAAAUCUGGUCACUGGGGAGCAGGAGAUGGAAACUCUGUGUGUUAAGGUGACAAGAACCAGGCUUUAAAGACCCCUUUGGAGGACAAAAAUAUCUGCUGAAUCUGACGUCAUUUGAGGCCCUUCUGUUGCUGCUGAAGCAGGACCAGGUCCCAGGUCCACAGCUGGAGCCCACCAGAGCCAGGGUCUCACACACCAGCAUAGCCCACGACCCAGGGCCUCAGCCCAGAUUCUCCAGGCUUCCUGCCUGCCCAGGCUAAACAGGUGACCCACUCUGCCUCUGAGUCCCUUGCCAGGUGGAUGGGUGAGGAGCUGGCCCUGGUUCCAAAGCAGAGCAUGGCGGACGAUGGGACAUGGCCUCUCCUCUCCUGACCCUGCCUAGGGCCCCCAUAAAAAUGCCUGCUGCUCUCUCUGCCCUGGGUUACCAGCUCCCCGGGCCCAGCAAAUCCACCUCUGACCCAUGUCUCCUUGCCCCUCCACCCUCCUUCCUGUCAUCUCUCAGUUCUGGUUGUCAUGGCCCACUGGCUGCCCUGGGGCCUUGGCAAAACCACCAGAGCUGCUCUGUUCCCUGGGACGCCCUAUGACCCGUGACUCUGAUGGCAGCCAGCCUGGGACAGCUCAUGCAUGAGCACCCUGGGGUGGGCCAGGCCUUCCACGCCCCCACAGAUACAAGACAGGUGGUGUCCAGGGGAUACACGAGGGAGGCCAGGGCUGGUGGCAGCUUGUGAGUAGGGGCAGGGAGCAGCCUGUGACCACCCUGCAUGUACAAGCCCUGACUUCUGUUUCUCCUCUUCUUUUCCUGCUUUGCUUUGGUUUUCUUGUUUGUUGACUGGGUCUUAUCCUGUAGUCUUUGAAUUUCCAGUGAUCCUCCCGCCUCAGCCUCCUGAGUGCUGAGAUGACAAGCAUGUGCCACGUGCCUGGCAGAAAUGUGUUUUGUUGCAGUGCUGGGGUUGAAGCCAGGGCCUCACGCAUGGUAGGCAAGUGCUCUACCACUGAGCUACAUCCCCAGCCCCCUCAUCCUGUUUAUAAUCUUUUUUUUUUUUUACUUUUUUUUUUUUGUCUUUUUCAUUUUUAUCAGUACCAGGGAUCGAACUCACGACUGCCUGCUUGCAAGGCAGGCACUUAUGCCGCUGAGCUAAAUCCCCAGCCCCUGUUUAUAAUCUUUUGCUGGGGAAUGUUCUAGAACGCUAACAGUCCUGCCUCACAAACUACAGCUCUUCGUACCACCCAAGCUCCGACACUCUUCUCCCCGCCCAGCUGGCCUCUCCAGGUCCUGGGGUUAUUCAGGGAGCUGCAGGUCUGGGGCCUCCCUUGAAGAAGCUCCCUGGAAUGUGGCUGAGGGUGUCACCCUGAGGCCAGCCAGGCAGCGCUUGGAGCCUUUGGCUUGUGAAAGGCCAGCACCCCAGUCUCCCAGAGCCAGACUCAUUAACAAACAUGGCCAAGCAGGCCCUGGCUGUCCCCACCCUGCCCUGUCCAGCCGGCCACUCCUCCCUGCCCUCGUGCUCUCUGGAGCCGGGAUGUCCCCCACCGCCUGCCUGGCUGCCCCGUGGCUGGGGUCCCUCCAGGAGCCGUGCAGGGUGAGGUCGAUGGCCCACAGGCUAGGGGCAGAAAGGACAUCUGUGGUCACCACAGGCCCGGGGCUGGGGCUCCUCCAGGCUGCAGGAGCUUGGACUUCUGAGGUCCCCAGCCCCAGGAGACCCCGACAAAAGAGCCCAGGCCCCAUGUUUAUGCUGCAGACAAGCUGCCCGAUUCCCUGCAUCCAGGUUCCCCAAGUCCCAAGCAUAGCCAGGGACUUGCGGGGGAAUAAUAAUCUUGAGGGAGGAAAUGUCUGCAGAGACGGGGUGCUAGAACAUUUUCCGUCUCCCUUUUCUUCUUACCCACCCAUGCUGGCCCUUCCUGGCAGGUACAGGAGGGCGACAGGGCGUGUCCUGUCUCAGGAGCAGCCUGGACCCAGGGAACCACAGAGCCACCUUCAGAGCCUGGCUGGUUUGGCUGUAUGACCAGAGAGGUCACUUAACUUCUGACUCCUCUUUCAAAAGAGGUUGCUGCUGUGUGUCACUCAGGGGGUCACGGGGUGGGGGGGCGCUAAGCCGCAAGACUCGUCACAGGGACCGUGAGUUUGCCGUCAGCACUAGGCAGGAUGGGCAGAGGGCCAGAGUCUGUGGACGCAUUCGUGGUCCAAAGGGUCAGCCCGCGAGUGGACACUUGGGCUGUAACAUCCUGGCCAGGCUGAGGCUGGGCCUGGCACCUCCUCCGGGACCCUUCCCCAGGCUGCAGCCACGAUCAGGGCUCCCUCUUCCCUGCUCCUCACCAUCAAUUACCCUGACUCUGCAUCUGUUGCCAUGACGACCUGUUACCCAUCCUCCGAGAGGAGCCCUGUUUGUGUGGGGAGCAGGCUGUCUCCAGUCCUGGGGACCUGUUGCUGUCCCUGACACUCCUGCCUGGAUCCCCAGCUGGCUUCCUACCUGCUUCCACAGUCCCAUGCUUUCACAGAAGUCACUCCUGUUUCCUUCUCCUAGGAAUGUUCUAUUUCUUCCAUCUUCUCUGGCUCGCUCUGCAUCCUUGGUCUCUCCUUCCUUCUCCCUGUGUCCGGGCCGCCUCUCUCUCGGUUUCCCCAGUCUCCUUCUGUCUCACUUUUUCUCUUUCUUCCCCAACCCACGGCACAGUUGGAUAGCAGGAGUGGGGACUGCAUGUGAUCCAUGGGGGUCUGUGGUGUGUGUGUGACCAAGGAGGCAUCAAUGGCUCCGCAACCCCCCACCUGGGCUCGGUUCUAAUUCUCAUGUGCCAGGGCCCUCAGGGUGCCCACCAGGGAGCCUGGCCACAGCUGCAGGAGGUAAGCAGCACUGGUCCAUCUCCCAGGCCAGGAAAUCAGGGAUUGGGGGAGGUCAAGCAACUUGCUCAAGGCCACACAGCUGACCAACAGAGGGAGCAGGACUGGAAAUUCCUUGCCUUCACCAAUGCUCAUAACCAUGGUGCUAAAAGAAUAUUAAGAAGAGUAAAUAUAAUAAGAAUACUAUUUAUUGAGCAUUCUGUGUCAGAUGCUGUGUUUAGGAACAUUUGCAGCUCAUUUGCCUGCAUGGGCGACCCUGUAAAUUUAACUCCAAGCAGCUAUUUUAUCAACAAGGAAGUCAGGGCCCAGAGAGGUUAAGCAAUUUUCUUCUGUACAGGAAUUUGAACCCAGAUCUUUGAACUCUGAGUGCCGAGGCCACAUUUUUCCUUUCCCAUGUGGAAGAGAUGACAGCAGACAGGGGGCUGCACGUGUACGCCCUGUCUCUCCUUCUCCUUCCUGGUCCCCUGAAAGGCUCCUGUGGUCCUGCCCAGGUAAGGUUUUGGGGACCAGAAGAGGAAGACCCGUGGCACCAGGCAGGCACAGAGCUUUCUUCCUUGUUGAAAUCCAGGUCACAAGGAGAGACUCAUGGGUCCUAGGAUGACACGUGACCCCCAGGAACCCCAUCCUGGGGACAGGAGGACUAAGGUGUGGCCAGGAGACCUGUACUGGGUGUGGUCAUGCUGUCUCGGCCCAGCUCUGUCAGGAGCAUCCGUGGCCCCUCUUGCUCCAUUGCCUGGUCCCCAGAGAGCAGCCGGGCCUUGGAACAGGCUGUCCUAGCAGGCGGCUGUUGGGAUGAUGAAGAGGCCAGUUAUUUUUAACAGCUGAGACUCAUGGACAGAAGCCUCUUGCAGGCCGGGGGAAGGGACAGCAGGCAGGGUGGGGACCUCAGGCUCCAGGCCCUGCCUCUCUCCUCUGAGCCCUGCAACCUUGGUGAUAGUCCACCGGGUGCAGGAGGCCGGCUGCUCCCUGGCUCUCAGUCCCACGGGAGGCUGUUGGAGGUGGGGUCUCAUGAGUGACCACCACCCCUCUUCAGACCAGGCCUGGGUGCUGACCAGGAUCUGAGACCACCAGGACAGCAGGGGACUCAGACCCAGGCCUGGCCUGCCCUGUCCAGCCUCCACCGGCCUGGCUACCUCUGUGCCGGGCCUUUCUAGUCACUCAGAGGAAGUGACUCACUGCCUCAAUGCCGGGGGCCUUCUCAGUCAGGCCGGAGCCCCGAUGUCCUGGGUAUGGUGUCCCCAGCUUUGAUGGACACCUCAGCACCUACUGUCCUCCUGCUGCCCCCACCUACCGUAUCCUGGGAUGAGCUGUGCCGAGCACCUGACGAGCUUCCCCCAUCUCUUGUGAGGCAGGGCGGAAAUGCCUUACCCCACCCUGUACCCUCUUCCACCCUCCUUUCUUCUUUGUUGUUUUUUUUUGGGAGAGGCAUGUAUCUUGUUCCCCUGUGCAGCUCAGCCUGGCCUUACACUCACUUUGCAGCCCAGUCUCUACAUGCCAUGUUCCCCUAGGACCGGGAAGGAUGCAGUGUCACCUGUCAUCCGAGCUGCAGGCUGCUUCUGCCUGCAUCCGCCCCAGGCGCCAUGAGAGGCUUCUUCCUCUCUGGGUCUGGAAGCUCUCUGUGGUCUGCACCAGGGGAGGGGAUGUUCCCCCGGGGCCCUGUCACCUGAGGCCCUCGCAGGGUCCACUCCUGGCACUCAGGCUGGGCAGCCUGGUCUCAGGUGGGGGCAUUUGGGGGAUGAAAGCGCCGGUUUCUGCACAGUCACUGCUGGCUGGGCCCCAGGGGCCUUCUCCACCCUACAUGCAGGGGCCCCUGCCCUGUGCUCAGGUCUGACAGGGAGGUGCACAGCCCUGGUCACCACUCAGUGACUGCGUAUGUGACCACUGCAGAGAGCCAGGAAUAGGACACUGCCCUCCUCCCGGAAGCUGUUGUCCUCCUCCUCAAGAAUACCCCGCAAGAGAGUGACGUCCUGACGCCUCCUACCAUAGGUUAGUUUUGCCUGUUGUAGAAGCUACAUGUGAAAGUAAACAGGACGGGGUAGAGGGCAUAUGGGAGGCUCAAGCCUGAAACAUUAAAAAAUGAGUGAAUGAAUAAAUAAAUGAAACUGU